AUGUAUCGAAGACUGAAUCCUGAUUCUGAAUCCAGUGACUUCAGAAUUUUGCCAUCAAUCCUGGAUCCUGACAUUCCUUGCUAUGUGGAACCUUGGAAUCAAGUUCAUACAAAAAUAGUGCCAAACGAGGAGCUCCAUUGGGAAUGGGCCCAACAAAAUAUUUCAAGAAGAGACAAUAUUUUGGGAUCCGAAGUUCGAUUGUUGUCGGCUUUUGUCUAUGAGGAUUACAUUUCAAUAACGACAACGUCUCAGAAAUCUUAUGGACAAUUAAUUCAUUGCCGAUAUUUUGACUGCAAUAGAGAAGAAAUUCCGGAUUCGGUAUAUCAAUCAUUUUUCUUCCCAAUGAAUGUAGUGAAGUGCCCAAGAAGAGUUGGAGCUAAAUACGUAUCAAUUGCUUCUAGCAAGUAUGCGAAACCCCAGCAACCAAUUCCUCUAAUCUUCAGAGCCUAUCCAAGUCCAAUGCACGGUAUAUCUGUCUGCGUUGGCCCAUUAUACGGUCCUGAAAAAAAGUGGCUGGAAAUCGCCGAGUUUAUAGAGCACUAUAAACUCAUCGGUGUCCGGCAUUUUUAUUUCACAAUUUUCAAUAUGAAUGAGUACACUAGAAAAAUUAUGGACGAGUAUACACGGACUGGAGAAGUUGAACUUACAGUAAUCCAGUCGGAGUAUGCGAAUGUUGAUUGGCAAUUUCACUUGCUUCAAAUUAAUGAAUGUCACCAACGUGCCAAAUAUCAUUCAAAGUGGGUGAUAAAUGCAGAUAUCGAUGAAAGGCUUGUGAUGCUGAAUGGGACACUCCAGGAUCUCAUUCGAAGACAAGAACAAUCAAUUAGUGAAAUUAACUUUGCAGUUCAACGAGUUAUGAAAACCGAUUUGCUUCCAGAAGUCUAUGAAAAUGAUGAGCAGAUCCUUCGAGAAAUGAUUUUCACCAAGUACAACAUUUCUGCGGAUGUGGUAUGGAAGGCGGCAAAGUGUAUGUACCGGCCGGAGAAGACCGCGUCCAUGUACUAUCACUGGUCCUAUAUCAAAUACCCGGGGUACAACGCAGCGUGGAUUGGUCGGAACCAAGGAUACUUUCUUCACUACCGUACCACCUCAGCUACAGGAAUUGGAAGCGGAUGGUUGGAUCAUGCGAACUACAAAAACUUUCAAGAACGUCCGAAUCCCAUCACUUUUGCAAAUGAGCUCCGUGAAAAUGUUCUCCGGAAAAUCAAAUACGUCUAUGAUCGGCGCAUUUUGUAUUGUGAAGAGCUGCCGGACGCUGUGUACCAGGAAUACAUAGUUUAUGGACACGAAACUUUCCACUGCAAAUUCAAAAGUGAAGUUGAAAAUGAGCAGCGGAAAAAGUUAGAGCUAGAAAAUUCCACUAUGAUCUCAAGGAAGUAA